UCCUCCUUCAUCAUCACCUCCGUCCUCUCUCUCCACUCCCUCUCCCCCGCCAUCCGCCUCUUCUCCCUCCUCCCCUUCCCCUCCCCUCUCCUCCCCUUCAACUCCCUCCUACGCUCCGUCUCCCACUUCCGCUUUUCCAAUCCCAAUUCUUUAUUCCCUCUAUUCUUCUUUCUUCAACUCCUUCGAAAUGGCAUAUCCCCCAACCGGCACACCUUCCCCCCUCUCCUCUCCUUCCUUUCCCACCGUCGCUACCCCUUCCCUGCCCCUCUCCACUCCUUCCUCCUCAAGUCCUCUUUCAUCCCCUCUGACCCUCAUGUCUCCUCCUCCCUCCUUUAUCUUUAUGCCUCCUCCAACCACCUCCCUUCUGCCCUCCACUUGUUUGAUGAAAUUCCCCGCAUAAACAAAAACCUCUUCCUAUGGACUUCCCUCAUUGCAUCCCACAACAAUGCUGGCCUCCACGCCCAAGCUCUUCUUGUAUUUGAGCGAAUGCAGUACUCCGGCAUCAGGCCAAAUCGGGUCACUAUGAUCUGCUCUCUGGCUGCGUGCUCGGCCCUCGGCGCUCUAGAUAUGGGGGUUUGGAUCCAUGGGUUUGUGAAGAGGAGCAAGUGGGAGGUGGAUGUUGUGUUGGGGACCGCUUUGAUCGAUAUGUAUGGCAAAUGUGGAAGGAUUGAUGAAGGGGUUUGUGUUUUUGAGAGUAUGAAGGAGAGGAAUGUGUACACUUGGAACGCAGUUAUUGGGGGGCUUGCACGUGCAAAGAGCGGGGAGAAGGCGGUGGAGUGGUUCUUCCGGAUGGUAGAGGUGGAAGGGGUGGAUCCUGAUGAGGUGACUCUGGUUGAGGUCUUGCGUGCUUGUAGCUAUUCGGGCUUGGUUGAGAUUGGGAGAAAGAUGUUUGAAUCAAUUUGUGACGGUAGAUAUGGGUUUAGGGCGGGGAUCAAGCACUAUGGGUGCAUGGUUGAUCUUUUGGGUCGCGCUGGCCUUCUUGAUGAGGCGAUGGAAUUGAUUGAAAUGAUGCCAUUCGAACCUACUGUGGUUAUAUGGGGUUCGUUUUUGGGUGGGUGCAGAGCUCACGGGAACAUGAGGCUGAGUGAGAUUGCUGCAAAAAGGCUCAUAGAGAAGGAGCCUGAGAAUGCUGCACAUUAUGUAGUACUGUCCAACUUGUAUCGUGAGAUGGGGAGGUGGAGGGAUGCUGAGGAGUUGAGGAGGUUGAUAAAGGAGAGGGGGAUGAGGAAGGAUGCUGGAUUUAGCUUCACAGGAGCUGAUGAUGCUUUAGAGACCUUUGGUUAAGCUACCAUAUGAUAAAAGAGAGGCAAUGAGGAUGGAUGCUGGAUUUACCCUCACAGGAGCUGCUGAUGCUGCGGAGUCCUUGGUUAAGUGACCAAAAGGUGCGCUACGUGGAGCGAGUUAAGGCAAGCCAAAGCCUUGUCUCUUGAAGAACUAAGCAUUUCUAUUUUAGCCCUGUUUUCAGAGAGAUAACAACUAACAAACCCCUGCAGUUGGAGAUGAUUACAAAGAGUACGACCCUCAUCAUGACGGAAUUAAUCGUAUCCAUCACCGCAGCAUAAUGUGCAAUAUUUGAUGCAAGCAAAUUGAGCUUUCCUUUAUAUUGUCAUAUAAUGACGCCCUCUCAGUAUUACAGAUGACCAAAUUUUGUAAGCUGUUGAUUUCUCAAUUUGGUUCUUCGACCGGUAUUGGCAAGGUAUUAAUAAUCACAUAGAAUUUUGUAGAGUUUCUUUAUGUGAAGGUAUAGAAAAAGAAUUUGCGAAUCGAAACCAACUCAUGCUUUAAAGAUAGGCUGAAAUUCUUGUAUUUGUUUCUUCUGCUAUUCAUAUAUAUUCUUGAUUGUAGUAUAUGCUACCACGAUUGCUUUAGGAUAUACUUACGAUUCAUGGUUUGA